AUGGCUGCUGAAGUUUUAAGAAGCUCGGCGUCUCAACCAGAGCUGAAUCAAACAUGGCACUCGAGUACUUCGCAGUUCCAGACUUCCCUACCUGACUUUCUUGCUGGAUGGUCAACCUGGCAAUAUGUUGUGACUAUUCUUCUCGGUGCAGUUGUCUACGACCAAGUCAUGUAUCUCAAGCGAAAAGGCUCUAUCGCCGGACCAACCUUCAAGAUCCCGAUUAUGGGCCCCUUCCUCCAGGCCAUCCAUCCCAAGUUUGACGAGUAUCUCGCCCAAUGGGCCAGCGGACCCCUGAGCUGUGUCUCUGUUUUCCACAAAUUCGUCGUUCUUGCAUCCGAUCGCGACAUUGCCCACAAGGUAUUCAAGUCUCCUAAGUACGUCGAGCCAUGCCUAGUGCCUGUUGCCAAAGAUAUCAUCGGUCACAAAGCCUGGGUUUUUCUUCAAGGCAAAGACCACGCAGAGUAUCGAAGAGGACUGGCUCCGCUGUUCACCAACAAGGCCAUGUCAACCUAUCUCCCGAUUCAAGAAAAGGUACUUGCCGACUACUUUGACAAGUUUGUCGCAGACAGCGCGGCGAAUGGUGGCCGCCCGAUGGAGUUUAUGACUCUUUUCCGCGAGAUCAAUUGCGCACUCUCAUGUCGUACCUUCUUCGGCGACUACAUCUCCCAAGACGCUGUCAAGAAGAUUGCCGACGACUUCUACCUCGCAACUGCCGCACUCGAACUGGUCAACAUCCCUCUCUCGAUGUAUAUCCCCUUUUCCAAGGUCUGGCGUGGGAAACGCGUCGCGGAUGCCGUCCACGUCGAAUUCGCCAAGUGCGCGGCCGCUUGCAAAGCCAACAUGGCGACGGGAGCAGAGCCCAAGUGA